AUGUGGAGGUUGAUGAAGUUGGUGAGCAACAACUUCCUCAUGUUGAAGAUGGUUGGAGUUGGUCAGCAAGAAGUUCCUCAGGUUGAAGUUGAGGAUGCUGAAGUUGAGGUUGGUCAACAUGGUGAACAAGGUGAUGCACAUGAUGUUGAUGUUGAUGUAGUUGUUGAAGAACAUGCUGAACUUGAUGAGGAUGCACAUGGUGAACAAGGUGGGGAUGCUGAUGUUGAAGAUGGUGAGGAUAAUAUUGAUGAUGGUGACGAUAAUAUUGAUGAUGGAGUGGGGGAUGCUGAGGAAGAGGACUGGCUAGGGGGAACAACAAGGGAAUGUAGUACUCAAAAGAAGCAUGUACAGCCAAGGGGAAUUAAUGAUAGUGAGUGGGAAUCUGAUAGUUGUGAUAAUAUAUAUUUAAGUGAUGAUUCAGAUGUUGAAACAUCAAGAUUUGGAGAUUUUGCAACCUUCAAAGAGCCUACAAGUAUGAAAGAUCAUAUAUGGGAACUUGGAACAUAUUUCGCUGAAAAAGAUGACUUCAUUGAUGCAAUUAGAAGUUAUGGAGUACACAAUGGUAGAAAGUUGAAGCUGUGGAAGAAUGAUAAGAGAAGAGUUAGCAUGAAAUGUUAUGGGUCACAAGGGAAAUGUCCCUGGUACGCUUAUUGUGGAUAUAGGAGUACCCAGCAUACAUGGCAGCUAAGAAAGAUUGUCGACAGGCACACUUAUACUAGAGAAUUCAAAAUUGGUGUAGUUACCUCUAAAUGGUUAAGUGGUAGGUUAGAGAAGAGCAUGAAAACAAAUCCAGAUAUGAAAAUGACAAAUCUGCAUAACAAAUUCUGUAAGAGAUAUAAUAUUGUUGUGUCUAGGGCUACAACAAGUAGAGCAAAGGCAAUGGCAACAACCAACAUUGAGGGUAGCUACAAACAACAAUAUGAAAGACUCUAUGAUUAUGCAGAGGAGUUGCUGCGGGCAAACCCAAGCUCAACAGUUAAAAUUAAUGUAGAACCAAACCAAGAUCAAACCAUAUUUAAGAGAAUUUAUGUGUGUUUAAAAGCAUGUAAGGACAACUUUGUAUCCUGUAGACCAAUUAUACAUUUGGAUGGCUAUUUCUUAAAGGGGAAAUAUGGAGGUGAGCUUUUAACUGCUGUUGGAAGAGAUGCUAAUGACCAGAUGUGUCCCUUAGCUUAUGUUGUAGUUAAAGUAGAGAAUAAGGAAUCAUGGACUUUUUUCUUGGAAUUGUUAAUUGAGGAUCUUGGAGGUGGGGGAUUUUGUUCAAGGUGCACAUUUAUAUCAGAUCAACAAAAAGGACUUCUGCCAGCUUUACAAAGUCUAUUGCCUGAUGUGGACCAGCGUUACUGUGUCAGACACAUUUAUUCAAAUUUUAGAAAGAAGUUUACUGGCUUAAACCUCAGACAAUUACUAUGGAAGGCUGCAGUAUCAAUAACCCCUGAAGCAUGGGAGUCCGUAAUGAGACAGAUGAAGGAAGUUAAUCUAGACGCAUUUAAAUACUUGGUACAAAUUCCACCAAGGCAAGUUCAUCUAGAUGCAUUCAAAUCUUUAAUAUAACAUGUUGUUUAACUUGAUGUAAAUGUUUAACUUUAUGUGAAUGUUUAACUUUAUAUUUUUGCAGACAUUGGUCUAGA